AUGAGCGAAAGCAGCGAUUCUGCUAAGUCAUGCACUUCUCAAAAUGGCGGUCAUAACGUGACCAAGCGAAAACCACGCCCUAUGCAGCGCGUUAGUACUGACGGCGAACGCUCUGGAACUUUUAACGCCGGUCUUCGACUACCAUCUUUUUACCCUGAUGACCCGGAAGUCUGGUUCGCACAAGUCGAGGCUCUAUUCGCGAACGCCGGAAUUACUGGUGACUCCACCAAGUUCAAUUACAUCAUCGGCAACCUCGACCACCAAUAUUCGCGCGAGGUCAAGGACAUUUUACUGGCUCCACCUGCUGCUGAUAAAUACAAUAAAUUAAAAACCGAGCUAAUCAAGCGACUUUCGGCUUCUCAAGAGCGUAAGGUGAAACAGCUUCUCAUGCAUGAAGACCUUGGAGAUAGAAAGCCAUCCCAAUUCCUGCGUCAUCUCCAGAACCUCGCGGGCCAGAACGUGCCUGAGGACUUUCUCCGUACCAUCUGGUGCAGUCGCCUGCCCGGAAACAUCCAGACCCUUCUCGCAUCACAACCUCAUAGCUCACUGGAGACCCUUGCAGACUUGGCCGACAGGGUGCAAGAUAUAGCAUCCCCACCGCACCACAUUGCUGCGACAUCUGCGCAUGGACCCAGUUUACAGUCAAUGGCUGGUGAGAUAGCCGAAAUGCGGAGAAUGGUUAAGGAUCUGACCCUUGAGCUUGGCAGACGACCCCGCUCGAGGACUCGACAUCAGCGCCGUGACAGAAGUGGAUCAUCCAGACGUUCCGAGUCCAGCUAUCGGAAGUAUCCGAUAUGCUGGUAUCACCAACGGUUUAGGGACGGCGCAACGAAGUGCAUAAAGCCGUGUGACUUUUCGAAGGCGGGAAACUCUCAAAGCAGUCGGUAA